ACCUCAACCUUCUGCAUUGGACCCUUUAAAAGCCUUUGUCACCAUGACGAACUAAAACGCUGCUUACCUUUACUUUGCAAGUUUGCAACACCGUUCGCCGUCAAGACAAUGACGUCACCCCGCUUUCGCAUUCUAGGCAUAGGUGUCUCGAUACGGUCAGCUUUUACUGAUACACACAUUUGCUCGAACCUGAGAGGACCAAACCUCUGCAGAUGUUCAGACUACUGAGCCUUACGUUGUACCCCGCAGUAUUGCUUUGCAUCGCUCGGCUGCGGGGAGAGUCAAGCUAAGCUUAGUAUAAAAGAAGCCACUCCUCGCGACGUUGUGAAGGGGUUGCAUUUCCAAGGGUCAUUUCAAAACCUCGGGUUCCUGACGCUAUGAGUAGAAUACUGCAAACUAUAUCCAAGACUGCAUUUAUCACAGGUGGUGCAAGUGGAAUUGGGCUUGCACUCACUACACGUCUGCUCGACGAUGGGUGGUACGUCUUUGUGGCGGACAAGAAUGUCGCAGACAUGCAGGAUACCGAAAUGCUCCGCACUAUAGAAUGCGAUACUUCGUCCUGGGACUCGCAAGUGGCAGCCUUCCAAAAGGCGAUCCUCUGGCGAGCAUCUGACGGAGGCCGCAUCAACUUUGUAGCACCCAUCGCCGGAGUCGGCGAGCGGCAGUGGCUCCCGUUUCCGGACUUGAGCUCAGCGGAACAGCGGCAAGAUUUCUCCAAGCCAGACUUGACAACUCUCGAAGUGGACCUCACUGGAGUAUUGUACACGGUCGCGCUAGCAGUGCAGUACUUCCGCCGCCAGACACGUGCCGAUGAUGGUCUCCUGGGACGGAUUGGACUUGUUGCAAGCGUGUGCGGUCUGUACUGUGUUCCAAGUCUUCCAAUCUACACAGCUGUAAAGCAUGCACUAGUUGGACUGACGCGUAGCUAUGGGAAGCUGUUGGUGGAUGAAGGAAUAACCGUCAAUGCUCUGGCGCCGAACGUGGUUCAGACGAGCAUCAGCUCACCGCUAUUCUACGAAAAGCUGGCCAAAAAGGAUUUGCUGACACCAAUGGAGGGGUUGAUAGAUGCGUUCAAGACGAUCCUCGAUAGCGGGUGUACCGGCGAGGUUUUCGAGUGUGGACCGGCUGGUGGGUGGACAAAGAGGGAAGGCCCAGCAUAUCUGGACGAGAAGAGCGGGGAAGUAUGCAAGCUUCUGCAUGAGAGAGCAAUGUCCCUACACUACUCUUCGUAGCCAAUGCAAGAAUCAUCGCAUAGAAAAGUCCAGCUUGCUUCGCAGGUGUCGUGGUG